CAGGCCGGCGUCUGGUUGCCGUCUCCCGGUUGCCUGUGCACCAUGGAGUGCCUGCGCUGCCUCCCCCGGCUGCUGCCCCGCGCCGUGCAGUCCCGGCGGGCCCUGUGUGUCUCGCGCCUGAGCCCUGCUGCCUUCUGCGGUCGCGUGACCCUGCUGCUCUCAGGGAACCAGAAGGCGCCGAGCUUGCCCGGCGCUGCAGGUGAUGUGCACCGGUCUAGAACCUCCGAUGCCUCUCAAGCUACCUUAGCCAGCGUGGCCCAAGUGUUUGCUGUGACAAAGUUUGACAAAGAAGGAAAUGUUACUUCUUUUGAGAGGAAGAAAACUGAAUUAUACCAUGAGUUAGCACUCCAGGCCAGAGACUUGAGGUUUCAGCACGUGAUGAGCAUCACUACCAGGAACAACAGGAUCAUCAUGAGGAUGGAGUAUUUGAAGGCUGUGAUAACUCCAGAGUAUCUUCUGAUACUAGAUUAUCGGAAUCUAAACCUGGAGCAGUGGCUGUUCCGGGAACUGCCAUCACAGCUGGCUGGAGAAGGUCAGCUCGUCACAUACCCACUGCCGUUUGAGUUCAGAGCUAUUGAAGCACUCCUGCAGUAUUGGAUCAACACCCUUCAGGGAAAACUUAGCAUCCUGCAGCCGCUGAUCCUCGAGACCCUGGAUGCAUUAGUGGACCCCAAGCAUUCUUCUGUCGACAGAAGCAAGCUGCAUGUCCUGCUGCAAAAUGGCAAAAGCCUCUCUGAGUUGGAAACAGACAUUAAAAUUUUCAAAGAGUCGAUUUUAGAGCUUUUGGAUGAGGAGGAGAUGCUGGAAGAACUCUGUCUAACCAAGUGGAGUGACCCACAGGUCUUUGAGAAGAGCAGUUCUGGGAUUGACCAUGCAGAGGAGAUGGAGCUGCUGCUAGAAAACUACUACCGGUUAGCUGAGGACCUUUCCAAUGAGGCUCUGGAGCUUCGGGUCCUGAUUGACGACUCACAGAGCAUCAUUUUCAUCAAUCUAGACAGGUUAAAAUCCCAACAUCUGUCUCUGGGUUUUUACUAUUCGUACUACAAAUAG